AGCAUCUACAUUCUUAGCUAAACUUCUUUAGAAAUCAAGUAUACUCAAGUCAAUGCAAUUUCUAUCUUCUUCUCAAGAGACAUAUUUGAGAAAGAAAGUGCAUUAAUAAGAACUUGGGAUUCAAAUAGAUUAAAGAAAUCAUGGAUGAGACAUUUGUGCCAUUUCGCGGCAUUAAAAAUGAUCUUAGAGGAAGAUUAAUGUGUUACAAACAAGAUUGGACCGGUGGAUUCAGAGCAGGAUUCAGGAUUCUGGCUCCCACCACAUACAUUUUCUUCGCUUCAGCAAUUCCAGUCAUUUCAUUUGGCGAGCAACUUGAGAGAAAUACUGAUGGAGUUCUGACGGCUGUUCAGACACUGGCAUCAACGGCCCUUUGUGGGCUCAUUCACUCCAUCAUCGGAGGUCAACCUUUGCUGAUUUUAGGGGUUGCAGAGCCGACAGUGAUCAUGUACACAUUCAUGUUUAACUUUGCUAAGGAAAGACCAGAUUUGGGUCGGAACCUCUUCCUAGCCUGGACUGGAUGGGUCUGUGUAUGGACUGCAUUCCUGUUGUUCUUACUGGCUUUCUUGGGAGCUUGUUCCAUAAUCAACAGAUUUACCCGAGUUGCAGGAGAACUGUUUGGUCUGCUUAUUGCCAUGCUUUUCAUGCAACAAGCUAUCAAAGGCCUUGUGGAUGAGUUUAGAAUUCCAAAACGCGAAAAUCCGAAUUUGACAGAAUUUCUACCUUCAUGGAGGUUUGCCAAUGGCAUGUUUGCACUGGUUCUCUCAUUCGGCCUUCUGCUUACUGCAUUGAAAAGCCGGAAAGCAAGGUCCUGGCGUUAUGGUUCUGGUUGGCUUAGAAGCCUUAUAGCAGACUAUGGUGUGCCAAUUAUGGUUCUGAUAUGGACAGCUGUGUCCUACAUCCCGGCCGGAAGCAUCCCAGAAGGAAUACCCCGCCGUCUCUUCAGCCCAAAUCCAUGGUCACCUGGCGCUCAUGAGAAUUGGACAGAGAUGCUGAAUGUUCCGGUGGUCUACAUAAUCGGAGCUUUAAUUCCGGCAACAAUGAUAGCAGUGCUUUAUUACUUUGAUCAUAGUGUAGCAUCUCAGCUGUCUCAGCAGAAAGAAUUCAAUUUGAGAAAACCAUCUUCUUAUCAUUACGACUUACUUCUUCUGGGUUUCUUGACACUGUUGUGUGGCCUGAUUGGAAUCCCACCAUCAAAUGGAGUCAUCCCACAAUCUCCCAUGCAUACAAAAAGCCUGGCGACUCUCAAACACCAGUUGCUUCGUAAUCGACUUGUCUUGACUGCACGCAAGAGCAUCAGAAAAAAUGCUAGCUUGGGACAGUUGUAUGGAAAUAUGCAAGAAGCCUAUCAUCAAAUGCAGACUCCUUUAGUCUACCAGGAGCCUUCACUUCGAGGGCUAAAUGAAUUAAAGGAAUCAACAAUUCAAGCAGCUACAUGUACUGGAAACAUCAAUGCCCCUAUUGAUGAAACUUUGUUUGAUAUAGAGAAGGAGAUUGAUGAUCUGUUGCCUGUUGAGGUAAAAGAGCAGAGAGUCAGUAACUUGCUUCAGGCAAUAAUGGUGGGAGGAUGUGUUGCAGCUAUGCCCUUCCUCAAGAAGAUCCCUACUUCAGUCCUCUGGGGCUAUUUUGCUUUCAUGGCUAUUGAGAGUUUACCAGGAAACCAAUUUUGGGAAAGAAUCUUACUACUCUUCACAGCUCCAAGCAGAAGAUAUAAAAUUCUUGAGGAGUACCAUGCAACAUUUGUGGAGACUGUUCCAUUCAAAACAAUUGCAAUAUUCACAAUUUUCCAAACAACUUAUUUGCUCAUCUGUUUUGGGCUUACUUGGAUACCGAUAGCUGGGGUCAUGUUCCCGCUAAUGAUCAUGAUUCUGGUUCCUGUGAGGCAAUACUUCUUGCCCAGAUUCUUCAAAGGGGCACACCUUCAGGACUUGGAUGCUGCUGAGUAUGAAGAGGCACCGGCUUUACCCUUUACUCUGGCAACAGAAACAGAGAUUGGUGCCAGAGCAUCCUAUGCUGGAGAUGGGGAGAUUUUAGAUGAAGUUAUCACUAGAAGCCGGGGUGAAUUCAGGCAUGCUUGUAGUCCUAAGAUCACAAGCUCCACUGAAACCCCAGCGAAUGACCCUAGAACCAGUAUUGAAAGCCCACGGCUGUCACAUUCCUACAGUCCUCGUGUUAGUGAACUAAGAGGAGAAAGGAGUCCUAGAUCAAUUGGAAGAGGGCUGCAGAGUCCAAGAACUGCAGAAACAGGACCAUCUAAUUUGGGAAAGAGUCCUCUUAACAUAUCAUCAAACUAGUGGAACCAUAAGCCACGUAAUUCGAUUGCAGAGUUACCUAUACUUUUAGUCACAAGUCUAAGGUUUAAUCCCUAAUCUCUAUGUAUCAAGGAAAAAAAAAAACUAGUGGAAAUUCAUGGCUCAAUUUGAUGUAUGUACUAGUUGUAUAAGUUGCAUCUUUUUCUUUUGUGUGUUGGUUUGCUAAGAAUUUCUGUAAGUCCCUCCUCUCUUUCUCCUCAAGGUUAAAGAUUGUAAUUUGUAGCAAUAGAUUUGAGCUGCUUUU